AUGAUUAUUGAAACAGUUUACUUAACGAUUAUGCCUACAGACCAAGUUUAUCGAAAAUCAGGAAGUCCACAAGCUUCUACCGAGGUUUCUUCUUUGCAACUAAAUCGGACUAAAAACAAAGAAGCACUUGAGAAAAGCCUUAAGUGCAGACGUUCUGUAAAGGAGUUAGUCAAUCAAGGGAUAUUACUAAAUCCUUCUAUUUCACACCCUGAUAAGGUUCGCCAAUUACAAAAAGCUAAGACUAGUGAUUUAUUGAAACGUAAAAUUGGACAACGGCCGGACAGACAGUAUCUUAUCAGCCAUCAUAUCUUAAGGGACGAUAAGCCGAGGACUUCACCUUUCGUCCUUGAGCAAUGUUACAAUUUAGAAAAGUCUCAGCUAAAGGAGACAUUAGCCGCGAAGCUUAUUUCCAGACCUGGUUCAUUGGAAUUAGUCGAGAAAGGAGUUCUGCAGGUUGAUCCCGGUGUUGAUUCACUCAUCAAACAAGGUUCUAUCCAAUAUCCUAGGGUCGAGUCCGUUUCAUUGGAAAGGAUUUCAUGUGAACGACUACAACCUAUUCAAGAAUUGAUCACUAUCCCACCACCUCCGCCACUUUCAUCAACUACAAAGGCACACUGUACAAAUUCCGGCCGUGUUGUUUCUGGAAGAAGUCGUUUAAUUAGUUCGAAUAAAACAUCCACAAGUCGGGCAAUUCGAGACGACACUGUUGUUUCAAAAUUAGGUUCAUUGGUUUUUCAUCAGUAUUGUCCAGACUCAUCGAGUUCAUCUUCUCCAAGCCUAGCUAAUGUCUCAUCCUUUCAACAAAAACAACGAGUUCGGGAAUUACAACAGGUUGAAAUGUUGCGUCUCCAAGAUACUGCACGUGCUCAUCGUCUAGUCGAACAAGAAUUGUGUGAGCGCGUAAGUACAUGUAAAAAGCCCCUACAUGAAGACACAUCCUUCAUGGAUCUGACUCCUAACACAUUUAAUAAUCAAAUGAAUAGUCAACUAGCAUUAUCCUGCACUUCCAGUUCAAUGUCGUUGCAAGUCUCUCCAAACCCUUCAAACUCAAUAGUUUGUUCUAAGAAUCAGAUUGGUUUAAGUAACCAACGGACUGGUUCUUCAAAGACGUUACCGUUGGAAUCUAAUUUUAACUUACCCAGUCUUGCUCAUCUUACUCUCACUCAACUUAAAGGGGAAUGCAAGGACAGAAAUUUACCUCGUGCUGGUUCUAAAAUGCAACUAAUGCGCCUGUUAAAUCCAUAUCGCCGUGAAAUAUUGGUAAAAUAUUUUCCUAAUUCUGUAAUGAAACAAAGUGAAGAAAUCGAAUUGGGGAUAAAUGGACCUCUUCAGUUUUAUCAUAAUGCAAAUCAAACACAGUCUUUCGUAAAACGUCAGGACCAACAUCAAAAACUUUUGGUGAAUUCUGAGCAACCUAUGAUGGAUAUGGAUGUCAACUUAAAAGAUUUUGACUCAUCACUACUAUCCCAAACUAAACCUGUGAAUUUAUGCACUACAGUAUUUUCUUCAGGAUCUACAAUGCCAAAAGAUCUACAAGUAUACUCUGAUGUUGUUAUGAGACCAGACGGUUCCAAUGUGUUAUUUGCUCAACCUUGUGUCUCAUUAAGGCAUUCUGUUUCAGCACCAUUCUUUCCGGAAGUUUCGUCUAACUCGUCCUCAGGACACACAAAUCAUUUUCAAAUUCCUUCUACACAAGGUAAUAUAUCUUCGACAACUCUAAUACCGGUUACUUUCGUUAAUGAUAAUACAAUGAGUGAAACAGACCAAAUUUCACAAAUUCCUGUCUCAACAUAUGAAUUACAGUUUGUUCAACCUACAUCGAAACAAUCAUUUGUAUGCAUGACUCCAAAUGUUCUUUCAGACAAUCAAACAUCAUCCAAUGGAAAUCUUUUACAUCAUCAUCCAUUAACUAGUAUUCCGUCAUCGGAAUCUGGUUAUAUUAUCACUUCAAAUCAACGUCUCCCAUUACCCUUAUCUAUAGAUAAUAGCGUAUCAUCACCAUACAGUGAAUCACAGACGAUGCACCAUACUUCUGUAAAUAACUCACUUGACAAUCAAUCAUUUUCCGUAUACUCACCAGUAGCAACAUCAAAUCCUACUGGUAGUGAAGGUGGCGGCGGUGGUUGUACUGGUUUUUCAACACCAUCGACAACACUUCAUCAAAUUGAAGAGAUGUGGUUAAGGAUUCGUCAAUUAAGACGUAAUAUUGAACAGACGAAAAUUUCACAAUAUAGUUUAAAUGAGUCUGAAACUUUGUCAGCUCCAGCAAAUUUAGAAUAUUUACAACAAGAACACAAUCGUCUAGCAGUACUUUGUCGUCUGCUCAUUAUUGAACGUUUAGAUACGUUGGAUGAAAUAAGUGCAAAUGGUACUAGAUUUUUUGAAUCAAACGAUUCGUCCAGUUCUGAUUUCAAAAUUGAACGAAAUUUAUUAAAUUCUUAUUUAAGACGACUUGGUGGUUCAAUUUUAACAAAUAGUUUAUCUUCACCCAAUACAGAAUCAAUCUUGUCAACUAAUUCUAGUUCGUUUUUAUUUGAGCAAUCGAGUUGUGGUCAUACAACGAAUUAUACUACGUGUAAUACAUUACAAACACCGGAAAAAAUGUUUUCUGAUUCUUAUCCUAUGACACCUGAGUCAAGAUUUGAUGAUCACGGAAGUGUUGAGUUUACGGACAUUACUACUACUAAUAGUAAUAAUAAUAGUAGUAGUCAUGAAUUAUUUAAUCAUGAACAACAAUUAACAUUAAACAAUAAUGAUAUAUUGAAUCAUCACUGUGAUGAAGAUGAUGAUGAACAGAUUUGUUCUGACUUGCAAAAUUCACCUGUUUCUGGUCAUUUGAAAUCUUGUGCAUAUGAUAAUCCACUGGAACAACUCCCUUCACCAAUGACUACAGAUAUACUUUUUGAAUUAUGGAAUAGUGUUGUGGAAGAUACUUCUGGGCAAUCAAUGCUAACUACUAAUACCGUCACCACUACUGGUUCUGCUAAUGUUGAUUCGUCUAACGCACCUAUGUACAAUAAUAACCACCAUGAUAUAUCCAUUACAAAUCCAAAUGAUUUAUCAAAUUUUUACUCAGUUCAAACUUGUAGUACUGUUUCUCCGACUACUACUGUUCAAUCGAAUAUCAAUUAUCCAUCAAUGGACAGAGAUCAAUUGCCCGUUCAGUUAUCGGAUAGUUUAGGAAGAAUACCUGUUAUUAACCCUCGUUCAUCGCCAUCUAAUUUACAAUCUAAUAAUUUUCUACAUUAUCCAACUUUUAAUUCCCAAACAUUUAUCCCGUCAUCCAAUUCAUUAACUCCCACUACUGCUUCUACUAUUAUGUUCAGUAAUCAUGGAAAUGAAAUGAAUCCUCAAUUCCAUCCGUUAUUAUGGUCUAAUUUAUCUCAUGCAGCAGAUAGAAUUUUAUCUGUCAAGAAAGGUAGUUCAUCAAAUGUGUUCAGUACUACUACUGAUCAUAUUAAUACUAAUGAUAAACGUGUCGGAUUUCUACAUUGUACUGAUAAAUCAUCAUCUCACUUAUGUUCAAUGAUAAAUUUCGGGUCGACUUCACAAAAUCAUAUACGACAACCAACUACAGAAUUUCUAACGGAUAUUUUAUUGACAUCGUCGUCAUCAUCAUCGUCAUUCAAUAAUAAUCCCAGCUUAAGUGUUGCUGAAUUAAUGGAUACAACAACAACGACAACAACCAAUACAGAUUUUUCAUCGAUUUUAUCAUUUCCUGUUUCAUUAAAUUUAAACUGGUCAAUAGGUACUUAAUUGCACAGGUUGUAAUGAUGACAGUGAUGAGACCUAUUCUUUCUGUUAUGCUUGUUGUUGUCACCUUAUUAAUGUCCAAUCAAAUUCACAUUUAAUUGAGUUCA